AUGAAUAAAUAAAAUAUUCAUAAUUUGGAUCAUGGACUAUCAAAAGUAAAUGAUUCAAUUAAUUGUUCAACUGAGUAGAUACCGACUGGAAAUGAAACCUCGACUUAUAAACUAAAUUUUGCUGAAAUGUAGAGGGGAUCUGAAAGAAAGACUAGUAAAUCAUGCAGAGACAAUUUGAUUUACACUCCUCAUCAAAAUAAAUUCUAUGGAUACUGCCAAUUCCCAAAUUAAAAGUUGAAUUGCGGAAAACUAACUGAAAGUAGAAUGACAACGUUGUAGCAAUAAUCCACCAUUUCAGUUGAAAGAACCAAAGUCAAACCUCAAACCUCAAUAUCCAAACCUCAAUCAGCAUCCAUUAUGAAUGGAAAACGCCUCAAAGUCAAAAAUAGCGAAAUUCUUUUCUAGGAUAAUCCCUAUCAUCUGAGUGGUAACAUGCAAGAUGUUAUACAAAAUUAUCAGAAAAGCACCAUCCAAACCUUCGUUUUCAGGAAGGGCAGUUCUAAUAUUAACCGAAACAAAUCACAAACUAGCCAAAACCAGUAGAGAUUUGUAUGCAAGUACAUUAAUCAUAGACAGAUCAAUUCCCCUCCCAUUAAUUUAAUUAACAAAUUUAUUAUAAAUAUAGAUUAAUAGAAAUUGCAAAAUGAACAAAGCAACCAAACAGAGAAUCUUAAGAUAACUCUUGGAACUGAUAGAGGAAGAUUGACUAUUGAAAAUGAUACUCCCGAUGAAAAACAAAAUCGAUCUCUAUCCAAGUCCUUAUAUUAAACCUUGGAUCUCUCCCUCAAAGGGGAUACAAUAUAGGCAACACACUUGAGAUCCCUCAAUACAGAAUUCAAUUCAAGUGCUAUUUUAUGCGAUUAAAACAAUCGCAAGGUCAGCGAAAUCUAUUAAUCAUUUAUUUUUUAAUCGAAUUUGCAAAUGAAUCAAAACAGAUUGAUCACAACUAAACAAUAAUUAGAAAAUUCUUAAAGGUUAGAAAAAGAACUAGAAUUAUAUCCUGAAAUCAAACAACCACAAGAUCCAAAAAAACCUAAAUAAUAUAGAACUAAAAUCUAUACUGAAUUGGAGUUAUCAAAAAAAGAGAAGGACCUUAAUACCAAUUAUCUUAUCUGA